AUGGAAAACGCACAACUACCCGGACUGAACAUAGUUGACACUCUGUGGACACCCAAACAUCUAAGGACCUCUAAAUUGAACUUAUUUCCCACUACAAAUCUCACGCUCAACAUAUGGGACACAUUCAUGGCCACACUGGGGUGCAAAACCUCUUUCCACACCCGGGCACCCCUGACAGUCCUAGGUGGCACAACUCCAGAUUUACCCAUAGCAAAAUGGGUUAAAGCAGGUAUCACCAACAUCCAUCAAUUGAUGGACAGCAGAGAUUUAAUGCAGUUUACAGACAAACAGGCCAAAUGGCACAUACCGACAGGGGAACUAUUCACAUACCGCAGGCUCAAGGGCACCAUACAGACCCACGUGCAUAAACACAAACCAGCACAAGGGCAAUCACUGCCAACUGACGGGAUUAUUGAUAGAUGCUGGACCACACCGGGUAAACUGAAAGCCGUCUCCCUAUGCUACAAGAUGUGGGAAAACACGACAAAUCAACAGACCCCUCCCUGUAAGGCAAAAUGGGAGGAAGAUUGCUCCCUUCCAAUUACCAACGAAGACUGGGUACAAGCCCUAAACGGCCUCUCUAAACUCACUAGAUGCUACACACACAUAGAAGCACAUAGGAAACUACUAUAUAGGUGGUACAUGACGCCAUUAAGAUUACACAAGAUAUACCCCACUGUCCCACUGACGUAUUGGAGAUGUGCCAGGGCAGUCGGCUCAUUUAUACACAUAUGGUGGACAUGCCUGGUGAUUCAGCCCCUCUGGACAGAGGUCCGGAGAUCACUGGGGUUGCUGGGCAUAGUAAACCUGCCACCGAGCCCUCAAACGUAUCUCAUGCUGAUGUUCCCCACUGAUCUCGACAGAGAACAUAGACAAGUAUGCGCUCUCACAUUGUUAGCUGCUAGAAACCUCCUAGUGACAAAUUGGAAAUCGCACAAAUGCCCAUCAAAGUCACAGCUAUGGGACAAGAUCCAACAAUACCAGAUUUAUGAAAGCAUGACAAUGAACAAUAGUGUAGAAACACAGCAAUUUCAAUCCACAUGGAAAAAAUGGAAAAACCUAUAUACUAAGGCUACAAAUACAUGAGAGACCUCUGAAGGAGUCUAGACAAUGAGUAAAAGGCAAUACAGAUAAGUCCCACCCAUGACCAGACCGGCCCCCACACCCCAACCGAACAAGCGCAAAGCCCCAGACCAUCAGUAAUUAUGGUGAAAGCGAAGUAAACUACCACAUAACUUAAGUUGUACAUGAAAUGGAUGUGAUGAUAAUGUAUCUACGGUCUACCUCCGAUUAAUCUGUCACCACCCUCUUUAUGCUGUACUACUGUCUGGAAUUUGUUUUACGAAUGUAAUCCCUGCACCUCCCCUUCUUUCUUCUGUACCCCGUAUACAUGAAAACCAAUAAAAAAGAUAUAUUAAUAAAAAAAGAUUUCAAAAUCGUUCAACAAUAGCUGCAUCAUUUCAAAAACAACAUGCAAAGAAUGAGGAUGGAUUAACUGCAGCUUAUCGUAUAUCACACUUAAUUGCAAAAAGUGGUAAAAGCCAUAAUAUUGGAGAAACUUUGAUAAUACCCUCUAUCAAAGAAUUUAUCUCAACAGUAAUGCAUCAGGAUAUACCUGAAGUUUUAAAAACAUUGCCCCUUAGUGAUAACACAGUAAAGAGACGCAUUGACGAAAUGGCGGCUAAUGUUGAAAAUAAACUUAUAGGUAUUCUCCAAAAUUCUUCAUUUUCCAUACAAUUAGAUGAGUCUGUCAUUGCAGAUAAUAAUGCUCUAUUGAUGACAUAGGUACGGUACCUUGAUGAAAACAAUACAUUGCAAGAAGAAAUGCUGUUCACUGUCAAUCUGAUAACAGAUACAAAAGUAUUAUCAAUAUUUAAUGCUGUGAAAUCAUAAUUUGCAAAAAAUAAUAUAUAUCCUUGAACAAUAUUGUUGCAUGUGCUACUGAUGGAGCACCAUCAAUGGUAGGCUGCUAUCGUGGGUUUGUUGCUUACUUGAAGGAAGAAGUGCCAAACAUUUUGUGUAUUCAUUGCGUUGUGCACAGACAACAUAUUGUAGGAAAACAUUUAAGUACAAGUCUCCAUUCAUCAUUAAGUAUAAUAAUUAAAGCUGUAAAUAAUAUAAAAUCUAAUGCCAAGUGUGAUAGAAUGUUUCGACAGCUGUGCCAGGACAAUAACGAGCAGUUUAUUAGGUUACUUUUACAUACAGAAGUUCGAUGGCUUUCAAAGGGUACAUGCUUGUCUCGUUUUGUUGCAUUAUUUGAUAGUGUCGUACAGUUUUUUGAAAGUGAUAAUGAGGCUGGUCUCUAUGAACAGUUAAAAAACGUAAAGAAUGAUGCCUUUUAUUUGGCAGACCUUUUUUAACCCCUUAAGGACUGGACUGUUUUUGCGAUGUUGUACAUUUGCGACCAGGAAUAUUUUUACACUUUUGUGGUGUUUGUGUUUGGCUGUAAUUUUCCGCUUUCUCAUUUACUGUUCCCAUACAAAUUAUAUAUUGUUUUUUUCAGGACAAAAGGGGCUUUCUUUACAUACCAUUAUUUAUAUAAUCUCAUGUAUUUUAAUUUAAAAAAAAUACAAAAAUCUGAUGAAAAAUUGAAAAAAUACAUGUUUUUUGACUUUUACUUGAAAAAUCUUUUACUCAUCUACAAAAGCGAAUGAAAAAAACUGCUAAAUAGAUUCAAAAUUUUGUCCUGAGUUUAAAAAUACCUAGUGUUUACGUGCUUUUUUGCUUUUUUUUGCAUGUUAUAGGGCUAUAGGUACAAGUAGGAUAUUGCGGUUUCAAAACAUACAUUUUUAAAAUUUAUCAAUAGUGACAUUGUAACACUAUUAUCUGUCAUAAAUCUCUGAAUAACACCCCACAUGUACAUAUUUUUUUUAAAGUAGACAACCCAGGGUAUUCAAUAUGGGGUAUGUCCAGUCUUUUUUAGUAGCCACUUAGUCGAAAACACUGGCCAAAGUAAGCAUUCAUAUUUGCUUGUGUGUGAAAAAAGUAAAAAAACUAAAUUGAACGCUAAUUUUGGCCAGUGUUUGUGACCAAGUGGUUACUAAAAAAGACUGGACAUACCCCAUUUGCAAUACCUUGGGUUGUCUUCUUUUGCAAAUGGUAUGCCAUCAUGGGGGUAAUUCUCAUUCCUGGGCUACCAUACGCUCUCAAAGGCAAAUGUAAACAACCUGGCCAUUUUCAAUGUAAAAAUAUUUGACCCAUAUAUUUGACCUUGUAACUUCAAAAAUGCUAUAAAACCUGUACAUGGGGGCUGUUUUACUCGGGAGACAUCACUGAACACAAAUAUUAGUGUUUAAAAACUGGAAAACGUAUCACAACAAUUAUAUCAUCAGUAAAAGUGCUGUUUGUGUGUGAAAAAUGCAAAAAAGUAACUUUCACUGACAAUAUCAUCGCUGUGAUAUGUUUUACUGUUGUGAAUCACUAAUAUUUGUGUUCAGCGAAGUCUCCCGAGUAAAACAGUACCCCCCAUGUACAGGUUUUAGGGUGUCGUAGAACGUUACAGGGUAAAAUACAGUGCUAGCAAAUUAAAUUCUCUGGAAUUUCGGCCUGGGUUGGCAGGCAGGUCCCUCAAAUUGCAAUCAAUAAAAUUACUGAAUUAUGUAAAAAUAUUACAUAAAUACGCACGUAGAAUUUAAAUAUAUAUGCAUAUUUAUAUAUUUGAAGUCUACGUGUAUAUUUAUAUAAUUAUUUAUGUAAUUUUGUAUAUGGACAUGUAUAUUUCUUAUUAUUUUUAUUUAUUUUUAUAUAGAUAUAUAUAUACAAAUUCACUUAAGCUGCAUUUUGAUAUAUAAAUAUAUAUAUAUUAAUUUUAAAAUACAGCUAGAAUAAAAUUUCAUAUAGCUAUAUAAUUUUUUUUAAAAUUUUUAUUAUUAUUUAAAAAUCUCUAUUUAAUUUAAAUUACUUAUUAUUUAUAUUUUAUAAUAAUAUAUAUACAAUAUAUAUAGUUAUUAUAUAUAUUAUAUAUAUACGUGUGUAAUUUAAUUAUAAGUGUAUUUUUAUAUUAAUAUAAGUACAUAUUAAUAUAAAAAUACACUUAGUAUGAUAUAUAUAUAUAUGACAUACAUUACAUAUAGAUAUAAUAUAUGUCUAUAUAUCAUAUAUACACAUAUAUAUUAUUAUUUUUUUUUAUUACCAUUAACUUUAUUUUAUUUUAUGAUUUUACACUAGCAGGGAGACUGCCUGUCAGCACAGACAGUCCCCCUGCAGGCAGACACUAGGACACCUAUUGUGACCAUGUGAUCGCUGUGUUAAGCGAUCACAUGGCCACAGGGGUCCUAAUCUGACGUGGGGAGACUGUCUGGGCUGCAGGCAGUCUCCCCACAACCGGAGGAACACUGAUCGCCGCCGGGGGAACGACGGCGAUCAGGUAAGUACCCCCAGACCGUUAGGACGGUUCAGGACCGUCAUCGGUCGGCAAGGCAAAAAUGCCGAUGACGGUCCUGAACCGUCCUCGGUCCUUAAGGGGUUAAGAGAUUUAAUGAAAUUAAUUUGAAGCUUCAAGGAGCCAAUAUAACUCUUAUAAGUUGCAAAAAUAUUGUGUCAUUAUUUAUCGAAAAGCUUGAUCUUCUCCGUCAUAAUAUUUUCAAGAGAGAAUUUCAUCAGUUUCCUGAAUUGUCCUCUAUAAACAAUGAUGUAACUCCAGGGGAUAUUGAAAGUUUCAGUAGCCACCUCAAGGAACUCAAAUUGGAUAUGGAAAAACGAUUUCAAGCUAUUUUGAACUUAAAGGUGCAUGACUGGAUGAUAAAUCCUUUUACAGCAAAUGUUGCUGAGGUUGACAAAGAGAGUAAAUGUAAUUUUGGCAGUGGUGGAUACCAAAAACUCAAAUAAAAAAAUGCCUGCGUUAUAUCCGUUAUAUGUGGAAAAUGAUGUUCAACUUAUUGAUACCUUUCCCUACCACAUAUCUUGUAGAAUCAGGCUUUAGUGCUGUUAAUCAUAUUCUGAGCAAACAGAGAAACCGUCUGAAUAUCACCGAAAGAGGAGAUCUUCGUUUGUUCCUUACGAAAAUCGAACCAGAUAUCAAAUAUUUAGUCUCGCAGCAUCAGCCUCAAGGAUCUCACUAGUAAAGCUAAUUUCAAUUUACUUUAUUGUUUUCUAAUUAAACUUUAUAAAGUUAAAAACAUUAUAAACAUGCAUAAAGUAGAAAUAAAAAGAUAAAUGUAUGUACAUUUCUUUUUUUUUCUUUUUUUUUAAAACACCCUCCUUUCUUAACCAAUAUUCCGCACUUGCACAAAAACUGGUGGGCGCUAAGGACAUUUUUUCAUCAAGAAAGAUGCAUUAGUCGGCGGUAGGUAGAAAAAGGUUGACUACCACUGCUCUAGGUACUAUACCCACUCAGAGCAGGAUUAACCAUAAGGAGAUCAUAGGUGGCUGCCCAGCACCACAGGGUUAGACAGGGUCUCCAGAACCAUGAUUUUGUUUAGCCUCAUAUAUGAUCCCUAAGUGAAGAAUGAAGGUAAAUUGCCUAGGUUAAUACUUCUAUGUAACCACUUCAUCUCAUUGAAGCGGUUAUGAUGUCAGGAUUCCCGUGGUGCAUUCCCACUGUUGUUGAAUGUAGGUCCUCAGGCUACAGCAACUUGGCCCCUCUCUGCUGCUCAGGCUGAUGUUUCUGCAUUAUCCCAAGCAAUAACAGACAUCAGUGAUAUACUGCGAUCAUUGUCAGUUUCUCUAAGCAGCCCAUCGCUGGUGUGAGCUGGUAUGGCCAUGGCAGACAGUUAAUCCACUUUUAUCAUACAUCCAUCAUUCAGUGCUAAACUUUUCAAAAGCAGUUUAACACUGAAUGAUGAGCGAGCAACAGAGGAGUCCAGGCACCAAAACAAUAAGAUAAAAUAGACAGCUUGUUGAGCAUGUCCACAAGACCCAGAUGUAUUUCAGGUUUCUAUAGGUGUACUAUAUAAACAUUUUCUCACUGUGGCAAAACUAACCUCGCCACUGGGUUAUGGAGAAGCCUGAUUGCCAGCCUCCUGCCUCAUGACUAUGGACCCUCUCAUCAGCCCAUGCUAGACUUAAACCCCAUGGCGAUUUGACUGUGUUUGUGGGAUCUGAGCGCUGUUUGGAUAUAUUUCGCGCUCAGAUCCAAGCCAUCUGGGGAUAGGUUGAAUGUGGGGGUUCUGUUCAGUAUGAUAGGAAUUAUGUAUUUUUGUGUAUGUUUGCUGUUGUUGUGAAUAGAGACAUUUUCUGUACCUGGAGAUAGUUGGCUUACCACACCUAGUUAAGCCAAUUAUCUCCAGGAUAGAGGACUCUGUGGAACUGGUUUUGGCUGGAAAGCCAUGCUUCAGUGGUCACAAAGGACUUCGACCUAACUUUUAAACCAAUGAUUUUUGAGUAUGUUUGUAUUUGGAGUAUGCUGAUGUAAGUUUUAUGUGAAUGUGAUGUAUACUUUUAAAGUUACACUACAUGUGUAAAAACUGUAUUUCUCUGCCUGUGAUAAUUACAUUAACCCAUUGUGUUCAGUAAUUAUAUCACAGGCAGAGGGGAGGAUAUUGUUUGGGAGUGUCUGAGUGUAUUGUACGUAUUGAUUGGUUGUUCUGCAAAAACCCUGUGGGCAGUACUAUGUUUGUAAAAUGUGCAUAAAAGCAGAGUGUUUGAUUGAAAGCUUCAGUUCUACUUCACCCUCAAUUUGGAGUUCCGUUUCUUAUUGGGGGAAUCUUCUAGAAGGGAUUGCUAUGCUCUGCAUAUUCCCUUGCUAUAAUCACUCCUAAGCUAUUUUAAGAGCUUGUUCCUGCUUCACUCUCUGAAGGAGUCUACGGUGGUUAUGGUGUCUGCUGGAGUGCUUGGAGCCCUCAGGAAGCACUAGGAGCAUCCUUCAACUGAGGUACCCAGUCGGGGUACCAGUCGAUCUGUUACACUUACUAACGUGGAAAAUUGCAAAUCUGUUCACUGAAAACUUUACACAGCUGGUCGAGCAGUGCUGCAUUCCAGGGUACAUGAUUUUAAAGGAACAUAUCUGGUAGUAAUUGAUUCAUAUUUCAAUACAUUAUAUUAAUAGUCAAUUAAGAAAAGCUUAGGAGGAUACUUCAGCAAAGAGAAAUCUUAAAUUCUGGUCUUUGGUGUUCAAUGCUUUCCUAUAGAGAAAAAUCUGACUCUGGAGGUCCUCAUGCAGAGUGUGAGGACGUCCAGCAGGGCCGUCUUUAACAAGGGGCAAACGGGGCAGCUGCCCCGGGCCCAGUUGCUCCUGGGGGGCCCAAAGCAGCUGCCCUGUGGGCCCCCUGCCAGCAGCCAGGUCUGAAUAGCCCACCGGGAUACUGAGAAAUAUCCCGGUGGGCUGCAGCAGGUGAUGUAAUCAGGGGCCCCGGCCCUUUUAAGAGAGCUCCUGACCGAGCCCCUGUCUUCCUGCCUGCUGGGAGGAAGUGUUGUGAGGUCACUUCCUCCCAAUUAACAGAGUGCCGCUGGGGAGGAGGAGGCAUACAUGGAGAGCAGGAGGAGGUACAGACCAAGAAGAAGACCAUCAAUCUCAGCCAUCCAGCUCCCACUGGACCACAGGGAAGCCACACUUCUGUAAAGGUAAGGAGGGUGGCUAAACUAUGUGAAUUCAUAUGUGUCAGUGUGUGUGUUUGUGUGUGUGUGUAUCUGGCUGUAUGUGUAUGUAUCUGACUGUGUGUGUAUCUGACUGUGUGUGUGUGUGUAUAUCUCACUGUGUGUAUAUCUCACUGUGUGUGUGUAUCUGGCUGGCUGUGAUUGUAUCUGGCUGUGUUUGUGUCUGACUGUGUGUAAGUGUGUAUCAGGCUGUGUCAGUGUGUAUCUGGCUGUUUGUGUCAGUGUGUGUUUAUAUGGCUGUGUUUGUGUCAGUGUACAUGUACCUUUGUGUCAGUGUUUAUGUGUAUCUGUGUGUAUGUAUACCUCUGUGUCAGUUUGUAUGUAUACCUGCUUGUCUGUGUAUAUGUACCUGUGUGUGUAUGAGUGUCAGUAUGUGUAAGUGUGUAUCUGUGCAUGUGGCAAUGCAUACAUCCCAUCUAACAUUGCACACAAAUACAACCCUGCAUUCCAACAUUAACAAUGCACACAAAUACACCACUGCAUGUGUAUCUGUGUUCCUGUGUGUAUCACUGUUUGUGUGUGAGUGCAUCUGUGUGACAAUGCAUACAUCCCAGCAUUCCUACGCCAACACUGCACACAAAUACAUAUGUAUUUGUGUAUAUAUCUGUGUCUGUGUGUGGAUGUGCCAGUGUUUUUAUCUCUGUGUGUGUACGUGUAUUUAUGUAUGUGGCUGUGUGUGUAUACGCCAGUCUUUGUCAGUGUGUGCAUGUGUCCAGAUGUGUGUAUGUAUCAGUGUGCUAAUGUGUAUGUAUAUCUGUGAAUGUAUAUCAUACAUCACGGCAAUCAAACACAACAUGCAACCACACCCCUGCAAACAUUACAUACAAACACACCCCUGAAUUCAAACUCAAAAAGUAUAUAGAAACAGAUCCCUACACUUAAACACCAAUACUACACCCUACAUGCACACACAUACGGUAUACAACAACAUGCUCACAUUCAAAUGCACAAACACUGCUCACAAAUACAGCCCUGCAAAAAUGGACAAAUGGUAGAUCCCCAGCUGGCAUAGCAUCGUUGGAAUUGUACAACAGAUGAGGAUCUAUCUUUUCUCUGCUCUUGCGCUAGAGGGGAGGCUCAAAACAAUGUCUUGCACCAGGGCCCUGUCUACAUUAGUUCUGCCACUGUGUUGGGGUGGAGGGCGUGAUUGCAUGCCAGAGAGUGAAAGUGUGGGAGGAGGGCGAGGGAUGGCAGGAUCCAGGGGGCCCAAACAAAUGCCUGCCCAGUGUCCAAGCAAUGUUAAAGACGGCCCUGACGUCCAGUGUCAGAUACCGGACCAAAGGUCUGUUUCAAACCAGGCAGCCCUCUAGUGGCUGUCUGGUAGACAGCCACUAGAGUCUGACUUAGUGCUGCACUGUAAACAUUGCAGUUUAUCUGGAACUGCAAUGUUUAAUAUUGCAGCACUGUACUCAGACCACUUAAAUUAGCUGAAGUGGUCUGGGUGCCUACUGUGUCCCUUUAACUUCAUAUCCCAGGGUUUAUAAUCUAAAGUCAGGCUCUAUUCAGUAGAAUUAGAGUGUGCUGAAUAGCUGCAGACAUGGAUUAAGAUCUCACAGUAUCUAGGCCUAGACAGUUUGCCAGUCCCUUUCCCCAUUCUUAUAUUUAAGGAUAGCCAAUUACCUUCAUGACUAUGAUUGGCUAGGCGUAUUCCUGAUCUGGUCAGAGUUCACUGCAAAGUAUAUACAUCCCCAUAAAUUACACCAUGGUAACAGAUUAUAUAUGAUUACAGGAGGUGCUUAGAGCUACCAACCCCAGCUCCAAUAACCUGCUGCCUAAUUUUGACUUUACUUUAUGAAUUCCACUCACUAGACAUAUGCAAUGUCCAUAGAAGGUGAAUGUUCUGGCAGAGCUCCAUUUCCCCCUUCGUUUGUCGGACAUCUCUUCUGGAGGAAUACUUUGUCUUUUUCCAAGCAACAAACUUCACUUGAACACCAAUACUUAAAGGACCACUAUAGGCACCAAGACCACUUCAGCUUAAUCAAGUGGUCUGGGUGCCAGGUCCAUCUAUGAUUAACCCUGCCUGCUGUAAACAUAGCAGAUUCAGAGAAACUGCUAUGAUUACCUAUGGGUUAAUCCAGCCUCUAGUGGCUGUCUCAUAGACAGCCGCUAGAGGCGCUUCCGCUCUUCUCACUGUGAUAUUCACAGUGAGAAGACGCCAGCGUCUAUAGGAAAGCAUUGAGAAUGCUUUCCUGUGGACUGGCUGAAUGCGCGCGCGGCUUGUGCCGCCCAUGCGCAUUCAGCCGAUGAUGGGGAAAGGAGGCAGAGAGUCCCCACCGCCGAGGGAGCCCGGCGGUGGAGAAAAGGUAUGUGUUUAACCCCUUCCUCACCUUAGAGCCCGGCGGGAGGGAGACCCUAAGUGUGGGGGGGACCCAAGGACCCUAUAGAGCCAGGAAAACGAGUAUGUUUUCCUGGCACUAUAGUGGUUCUUUAACUUCUCCAGUAUGCCAGAGUGUACCUUGUACUUAUACCUCUGUCAUCACCCAUAAUACCAUCUUAUCACUAACGUAUAUGUUGGCUUGGGAAAGGGACAAAGGUCCCCUUACUGGUCGUACAUUUAGGAAGCUGUCUCAAUAUUAACCAUUUGUGUGAAACAUAAAGAACAAGCUUACAAAACCAUUUUUAGAUGGUAUAUUAACCAGGUCUGACUAUUUAAAAUGUAAAACCUCACCAAAGAUACCUGCUGGAAGAAUUGCAGGAACAGUGGUACCUUUAUCUACUUAUGGUGGCAUUGUCCAUGAAUAAUAUUAUACUACUGAAUCCUUUUAGAUUCUUUUUUUCACAAUUGUUCUUUUUUAACUAACCAUCGCAAUAUUUAUUUUCUGUAACACAAUGUUCAAAGAAUAAUAAGUAAAUAAAGAAUGUUAAAAACAAAAUCCACACACUGUCACCCUUUUUUCUCAGCAUGAAAGCAGCUACAGAGAGAAAGAGAUGACAUUGUAAUUCGUUGCAAAAUAAUCUGACGCAAAAGUGUGCAGUCAACAUUUCUCCAGUAGAAAUUUUGUUUGUUAGAUUUCAAAGGUUUAUGGGGUCCAUUUGUGAUGAUUACAGAUUACAUUUGUGAUGAAACACAUAAAAUGCACUUAUAAAUAUAUUAAACGUAUUUAUUUAUUUUUCAUUAAAAUAAAGAAGAAUUUAAAAAAGGCAAACAAUUAAAAAUCAGUCAAUUAAAUACGUGGAAUUUCCCAUUCUUCCUUUAUCCUGUAACUAAAUAAAUAUUGUUGAAUAUGGUGGAAAGCAGAGGAAACAGAAAAUGUCUAGAAAGCAUUGCAAGCUGGCAGCCAUGUGUCCGACAUUGACAACAGCAGAGUGAGGGCCAGCGUGCCCCACCAAAGACCAGAGAUGUGAAGCUGUAAUAGAUACUUUGUGAAUGAAUAUUCAGAGAGGCUUCCUAGUUAGAUCAUCAUUUUAUGCUUUAACCCUACAGCUGAAAGCGUAUAUUUUACAAUGCCAGACAUAGAAUGACAUUGCAGGGCUGCCCCUCCCUGUACCACAGAUACAGCAAAAAUAAUUGAAUGGAACCUCAGGAUGAAAUGCUCCUCAUUUCUUAAGGCUGUUUGUUUAAAAAAUAUAUACAUUUUAAAUUUAAUUAAAUAUUUUGGAGGUACUCAAAAAAUUUUUGCGUUAAUCUGGAGAGAUAGGCCGGAUUUCUGACAUUUCCCACUGGCGUGUGUCCAUGGUGAAGCAAAUCCUGCUAUUGAUCUGCAAAUGUUCUUUUUGCUGUCACCAUCCACCUCAAUUCAUUAUUGGUUGCUUUCAUUCCUGAGGGACUGUCAUUAUCCACUUUCUAACCAUUUUACAUGGCUUCUGUUCCUUCCUGUGCUAGAUUCAUUACCAUGUGGGUGAGGACGAGUGACACUCCUCUUUUUUUUUUUCCUAAGAAAAGCUUCUCACCACACAAUGUGUGAGACUACGGCAUCUCAUUAUCGCCUGCUAAGGCUUUGUGUGAGUGCACAGCCCCUCCUCUACUGCAGCACAAAAAAAGAAAUAAAAGACGAAAUCUGUCUGGAUGUCAACAGUAAUCUGAAUAACUAGAAAGAAAUCUCUUGUGUUUAGAUAAGAGCGUUGUUAAUUCCAACAAUUGAAAUGUAUGUGUUAUGCAUCCAAACACAGACCCACCCACCAAUUCAUCCAUCCAUCCAUCCUCCAUCCAUCAUCCAUCCAUCCUCCCUCCAUCCAUCCAUCCUCCCCUCGAUCCAUCCUUCUUCAAUCCAUCCUCCUUCAAUCCAUCCAUCCUCCAUCCACCAAUCCAUCCACCAAUCCAUCCAUCCAUGAAUCCAUCCUCCAUCCAUCCUCCAUCCAUCCAUCCUCCAUCCAUCAUCCAUCCAUCCUCCAUCCAUCCAUCCUCCAUCCAUCCAUCCAUCCUCCAUCCAUCCAUCAUCCAUCCAUCCAUCCAUCAUCCAUCAUCCAUUCAUUCAUCCUCCAUCCAUCCAUCAUCCAUCCAUCCAUCCAUCCUCCAUUCAUCCAUCCAUCAUCCAUCCAUCCAUCCUCCAUUCAUUCAUCCUCCAUCCAUCCUCCCGUCCAUGCAUCCAUCCUCCAUUCACCCACAAAUCCAUCCAUCCAUCCAUCCUCCAUCCAUCCAUCUUCAACUAUCUACCUAGGGAUUGGCAAAAUAGCAGAAACACCUAACGAUGUAUUAAUAUUAAGAACAUUCUAAUGCUUUGUGAUACCCUUUGCCUUAGAACAGCUUAAAUCUUGAACUGAAUUAUUCCGUACAAGAUUUGAGCUGUGUUUUGUUUAGUGGGGCACUACAACAUUUUUCAAGAAGAUAAAGGAAAUGGAAAUCUAUUCUUGUUUGCUAAAGAAAUUCCCCUAACUGUUCAAUAAUGGGCAGGUUAUGGAUUGUAUUUGACCUAAUUAAACUACUUUUGAAUGUAUUUAGCGAUAGUGAGGUCAUUAUCAUCAUGAGACAUGGCAUAAUAAUGAGAAAACAAUAUUUGAACCAGUGGGUGAAUUUGGUCUGUAAAAUGGCCUCAUAUUUCUGGGUCACUAUAUGAUCAUGUGGAGCAAUCAUCUGAACUAAUAAUUCUAAGAAGAUUGUUGCUUUUGCUAUGCUAAUAUAUAAUUUGGCCUAAACUAAAGAGUUGGCAGCAAACAUUACAGAGUAAGGACUGCCUUUGUCUGUCUCCAUAUGUAAAUCUGCCUAGAUGUAAAAAAGACAGUAAAAGAUGACUCAUUACAUGUCUUUGUCUGUUGAUCUUGGGUACAAGUGGUUUCCAAAAUGGCAGCCCUGACAUAAAUUCCUGCUAUGUGAGUGUGAGUCACCGACAUACUAAUUCAAUUCUCCCUUAAUAUUUGAGGUUAUAGCCAGAGGUUAAUGCUUAUCCUGGCACGCAGAGACUGAUUAUACAUCUGAGGCAGGAUAGUGGGAUUGGCAGGCAGAGUUGGUUAUUUUUAGUUAAGCAGGCCAAUGCAUUGUGAAUCAGUCACCUAAUGCAGAGAGGAAAAUAAAUAAAUAAAAAAAGUUGGGAUUCCUGAAAUGUACAUGUGAAAUAUAUAAUAUAAUAUAAAACAAACUGAGAAGUACGCCUGUACUAUACUUUUGUUCCCCAGAAAAACCAUCAGGAACCUUUAUCCCUGUGGCAGGUGUUAUAAUUGUGUGCAUAGUGGCAUGGACAAUAACAGACAGAGAGAGAUGUCCCAUGUGUAUAUGGUAACUAGUAAUGCACUGCUGCCGCUGGAACCAAUACUACCCUGCCUUCUAACUACAAACACAUAAAUAAGGGCUGCACUUUGAGGGCCUUGUGAGAUCCAUAUUUAAGUGGAAAUUACCAUACAUCCUGGGUGUUUGGCAAGUGGCAGAACAAUGGCCACUGGUAGGAGGUAAUGUCUGGUACCCAGCUCUCCUGUAUCUCUAACUCUAGAAAGCAUUCACAUAAUGGAGCCUUCCCCUCACCCACCCAAGAAAUGUAAGGAGAGGGAGGAGGAAUAAAAUUCUAACAUAUUUGUAUAUGCAUGCUAGUGUGUGUCUAUGCAUGUAGUGGGUCUGUAUGCUGUCAUGUCUAUGGGUGUCUGCUAGUGUGCCUCUGUGCAUCAUAGUGCUAGGGUGUGUAUAUAUAUAUAUUUAUAUAUAUCUGUUAGUGUGCAUUUGUAUUUUAAUGUAUGUCAAUAUAAGUGUAAAUAUGUGUACAUCACAGUGCUAACAUGUGUCUAUGUAUGUGUGUUGCUAUGAAAGUUAGUAUGCAUGGCUUAUCAUCUGUGCCAAUGGAUAUUUCUCUAUUGUAUUUAUGUAUGUUUGUAAAUGGCUAGAAAUUAAAGAAAAUUAGCUGGUACCAGGCUGACUGAGAGCUUCCAGUAAUAAUGAUCAUUACCCUAAUAAAAUUGCAAUUGUUAGGAGCACAUUUUAAUGUCUACAUUUGUUUGCUUACAAUUUGUUGCCGCUGAUAUUUCAGAUACAAUACCCUGUGAAUUACACAAGGAAAAGGGCCUAAGCCAUGUAUCCGAAUCCAUUAUCUAUAUAAAAUCUUCUCACGUUUCACGUUUGUAAGAUAUGCCUACUUUUAUAAAAAAAAUACUACACUCACACAUGGAGCAUUAUGCUCUCAGAUUGAUCAAAUCUUGGUUUUAUUUUCACCCAAAUUAUAAACAGCAUAUUUUAAUGCCUUUAAUAGUGCCAGAUAAAAUCUGAUUAUACAAGGAACUGCAAUUUGAUAGAUUUACCCCCACCCCCAAUUAAUCAGAAACUAUUGUAAUGGGUAAAAUGCCAUUUGCGUUUCCAUGGCAAUUACUAGAAAGAGAAAAAUGUUUAUUUGUAUUUAUAUGUCUGCUUCUUGUUGUAAAAGAUCAGUAGUGCAGGGAUACAUACUAUAUUUACCUUGCAUUACCUGUAUGAGUACCACACAUGUUCUGGGCUGAGAUCUUACAUGCGCAAUUAGAAUAUCCCCAGAAUCAGUUAUUUCAUUUAGUGUUAAUAGAACAUUCUUCGUUCUGUUAAGCUUGCAAGCAAUGCACUCUCUAUCCCUCUCCUUUUCUUCAGAGCUGCAGAGCUGACACCUUAAACUAUUCCCACUACCCAGACCGUAAUUACAAAACGAUGGGAAGGGUGGGAUGGGCUCUCUUAGCCAGCAUUUUUAACACUCACACACACCCUGUAUCAAUGUUUCGGUAUCAAUCAGCUUCAAAGAGAUAGAUUAUUGUAUGUGGUGGUAACUGUUACAAAUAAUUAUAAAAAAUAUAUACAUAUAUAUAAUUACUGGUUUGCUAUGUUCCAUUACGCACCAUCACCUUUUCCAAUCUUUUUUUCAACCUCCUGUGAUGGGGAGACAAUGCAGCACCCCUACCCCCGAAUCUCCUCUCUGUGAUUGGCUGCCCUGUCCUACAUGAUACCUCCCUGUGCUCCUUCCAGCAUUACAUCACCCAGCCUGGAAACAGUGGAAGUGAAUGAGAGAGGAGAGGGGAGCAGCACUGGGUGGGGCCUGGACCCUCCCUGCCCGGCUCAUAUAAAAGGCACACUAAAGGGGCCGUGCCAGCCCAGAGUACACCGGAGUGCACAGGACCAACACAAGCCAGGCACCAUCCCCACUGCAUUACAAGGAACUGCUCGCUGUCAGUAAGGAAUAUAACAAUGCGUGAAAUUGUGCACCUCCAGGCUGGCCAGUGCGGUAACCAGAUCGGUGCCAAGGUAAGGAGUGGGUGCCCUGUGCCAGGGAGCAGCUGCAGUGUAUUGUAAGAGGAUUGGGCGUGCUUGCAGAGCCGGCUGUAUGCCCCCAUCCUCUCCUUCACCCUAUUAUUCAACGUGUCUGGUGAUUUCUCCAUCUUCAGACCACUUGUAUCCACAUUGAUAUUCAGAGUUCAUGCUGGAAAAACUGCCCCAUGAAUAAUUCAUUCCCAGGCACUUACACAUUAACCCUUAUGGGAAGGGGACAAUCUGCUGUGUCGUAGCAACAAGAAAACCCUUUAAACAUGUUUUAUUUGGGCAUUUUCUAUCCAGCCCCUGUUGGGUAAUGAGGCAGAUCUUUAUUUGCCUGUCAAUUAAACUUUGUAAUUUGCAUUAGAAAGCGCCAUCAUUUUUGGUGACUGCGCAUUGCGGUUACUGAACAAUGUGCCAACACCCUCCUCUCUGCCAGGCAGAUAGCGGUAUACACCCCAUUGUAAGGUGGCUCUUUGUUAAUUUGUGAGGGCACUUGAUGGGCAUGCCAGCCUACACGGGUGGGGCUUUUUACACUGGCAUUUUUUUACCAGAACUGGGGGAGGCGAGUCUGCCCUUUGUGCAAAAUAGUCUGAUUAAACUACUUUAAUCCAGUUUUCCGAUUAUUAAAAUUAAAUAAAACAUUACAUUGUGGCAAAUCCGUACGUGGUUUAUGGGAGAUAAUGGCAUAGGCUGCUAUGUGUUUUGGGUAAGUAAGUGGAAUGUGUCAGUUGUCAUUAAUAAAAUGAAUAAUGAGAAAUUUUCAGCCAAUUCUGGAAAUGUGAUAUCCUAAUACAUUGUCAUUUUCGCAGACAAUCAUAAAGCAUUACAUCCAGCAGUGGGUGUGUUGAUUUGGCAAUCUUGAUAAAGAAAAUCUAUAUUGAUCUGCCAAAGCUAAUAUUAACCGUAGCUAUUUUAUAGGUUAAAUAUAGUAACCAACAUCAAUAUAACAAAAUAUUUUAUUCCUCUAUCUCUCUCUCACACACACACACACACACACACAUAUGACUUUUAGACAUCUUAAUGAGCUCUGAAUAGAUUUUUUUUUAAAUUAUUUAUAUAGCGCCAGUAAAUUCCGUAGCGCUGUACACUGGGUAUCUGCAAGGCUGGGUGUGGUAGUCAAUUUCUAUUCGGAAAUUAGCAAAAAAAAUCUGCCAAGAUUAAUAUUAUAUUUGUACAUAGUUACUGAAAUAAAAAAUAUAAGAAUGAAACAUUUGUUUUCCUGAUCACCUGGUUAGUAAGCUAUUGUGAACUAUUUUGCUAUGACUGUUAAUUAUCUUUGGUAAAUCCCUAUUCUUGCAAAAGCUAAUCAAUUUUUUUUUUUAUUGAAUUUUUUUUUUUUUUGUGCCAGUUUUGGGAAGUAAUCAGUGAUGAGCAUGGAAUUGACCCUACAGGCAGUUACCAUGGAGACAGCGACUUGCAACUAGAAAGGAUUAACGUAUAUUAUAAUGAAGCCACUGGUAAUUAUAUGUUAUUCUACGUUAAAGCUGUGUCUUUGCAAGAAAUGAAAAUUAAGCAAAUGUGUGUGUUUGUCAUGUAUAAAUAGGGGCAUAAAUUCUGGGGAUGAAAAUAUAAUUUUGCCUCUUUAUAAAUCGCUGGUAAGACCACACCUUGAAUAUGCUGUGCAAUUUUGGGAACCUGUUCUAAAGAAGGAUAUCAUGGAACUAGAAAAAGUGCAGAGACGAGCUACAAAAUUGAUAAAAGGAAUGGAGCAUUUUAGUUAUGAAGAAAGGUUAAAAAAUUAAAUGUUUAGUUUGGGAAAAACGGCACCUGAGAGGGGAUAUGAUAACAUUAUACAAAUAUAUUCGGAGCCAGUACAAACCAUUAUCUGGAAAUCUAUUCAUAAACAGGGCUAUAGGACACAAGGUCACACAUUUAGGCUGGUAGAAAGGAGAUUUAAUCUAAAGCAAAGAAAAGUUUUUUUUACAAUAAGAGCAAUAGGGAUAUGGAAUUCUCUGCCUGAAGAGGUGGUUUUAUCAGAGUCCAUACAGAUGUUUAAACAGCAAUUGGAUAAAUACUUCCAAAAACAUAACAUACAGGGAUAUAAUUUCUAAUUAGUGGGGUUAUUGCUGCUUGAUCCAGGGAGACAUCUGACUGCUAUUUUGAGGUCAAGAAGGAAUUCUUCCCUAUUUUGUUGCAAAAUUGGAAGCGCUUAAAACAGGUUUUUUUUGCCUUCUUUUCGAUCAACAGCAAAAACAUAUGUGAGGAAGGCUGAACUUGAUGGACGCAAGUCUCUUUUCAGCUAUUUAACUAUGUUUUAUAUAUAUAUAUAUAUAUAUAUAUAUAUAUAUAUAUAUAUAUAUAUAUUUGGUUUUACUAGAAGAAGAAAAAAUGUGCUUUCUUGCAUUGCCUGAGGUUACUAGAUAUUUGAGGAAGCGGCCGUUUGGAGGGGAAAAAUAAUUUUUUUUAAAGGCAUUAGUUAUUAUAAUACUAACAUUGCAAGAUUUAUCUCUAGAUCUUCUAUUCUAUUACAGGAAAUAAGUAUGUACCUCGAGCGAUCCUUGUGGAUUUGGAACCUGGCACUAUGGAUUCUGUCAGAUCAGGACCAUUUGGACAAAUAUUUAGACCUGACAACUUUGUGUUUGGUACGUAUGUCAUCCCUCCUACAUCCACAUACAAAAGAAAUUCAUAUUAAGUUUGCCCUGUCCCCCAUUCAAUAGUUCCUCAUAAAAAGUGAUGGUCCCAAGGAUCCUAUAUAAGCCAAGAAGACAUUGUGUGUUUUCCUCUCUCUUUCAAUAUGUGUAUUAGAAUGAUAGAUAAAUCUUUAGUGGGCAGUGUACACAAAAUACAAUAUCCCCUUUCUCAUAUCCCAUGCCGAGGCCCUAACCUAUAGUAAGAAUGCCCUUAGUACCAAACUCAUUGGCCAUAAUAUUAAAAGAAAAAAACCCGGAGAAAAAACAAACUGAAUUUCUAACAGAUUACCAGGUGAAGUCCAGUCCAUUUUUCCAAAUGAUCUGAGUCUGGGAGAAAUGUGCCAAGAAGUAGACAAGGUUCUGGCCACCUAAUCCCCAAGUAACCUCCCAUAUAAUCCCCCAAAAUAAAUGUUAAAAUGUAUUUCUCCCUACCUUAUUGUAUGCUUAACAGGAAAGGAGGAAUAACAAAUUGCAAAAAUAAUUAAAAACUUCAAAAUCUGGUGAAUGAAUGAAGGUCUGUGCUUUUUCAUCUUCUCUAUGGGAGGGGAGUGGGGGGGAGGGGACGAAAAAAAUAAAUAAAAACUUUAAAACUGUUUGGAGAACAAGAAACGAGAACAUUUAAAACAAACCCUGAAAAAAAUAAAAGAAAAAAUUACUACAACAACUAUUUUACGUUUACUGUGUAAUAUACACUAUUGGUAAUAUGGAUAAAGUCUCCACCCUCUAUUUUCAGUAAAACCUGUAAAAAACAAACAAACAAACAGAUACACUCACCUGAAAUCCAUGCCGGGCAGAGAAGCCUGUGAUUGGUCUGUUGGGCCAGCUCAUAGCACAUGCGCACGCUUCAGACAAGCAAGGAGAGAGUUUAAAAAAAAACUGUGUAACGGAGGGAGGCUGCUCGCAGUGGGAGGGAGGGAGAAGCAAAGGUAAGAUAAUUAUGUCUGUCACCAGUGUGCUGUGCGUGCUGAGGACAGGCAUUUUUUUUUAAUGCAAAGUAUUGACAUUAGGAAGCCCAGAACAGUUACCAUCCCAUGUUGACCUUAUUUACCCAUUUAACACAUGAGAUGAAGACAUGAUCUUUUGAGUGAGGUUCAGUAAAAAUAAGAAAUACAUUCUGUAAUAUUAGAACCUGAUUGUGAUGAUCUACUAAUAAAGUGUUAACACGGCUGUUACAUUUCUGUGUAUUCCAGGUCAGAGUGGCGCUGGAAAUAAUUGGGCCAAAGGUCAUUACACAGAAGGAGCAGAAUUGGUGGACUCUGUCCUGGACGUAGUGAGGAAGGAAUCUGAAAGCUGUGACUGCUUGCAGGGAUUUCAGCUCACACACUCCUUGGGUGGUGGCACUGGCUCUGGAAUGGGUACACUCCUGAUUAGCAAGAUCAGGGAAGAAUACCCUGACCGAAUCAUGAAUACAUUUAGCGUGAUGCCAUCUCCUAAAGUAUCGGACACUGUGGUUGAACCAUACAAUGCUACACUCUCAGUCCACCAGUUGGUGGAAAACACAGAUGAAACCUAUUGCAUAGACAAUGAGGCCCUCUAUGAUAUCUGCUUCCGCACAUUAAAGCUAACCACUCCAACCUAUGGAGACCUCAAUCAUUUGGUUUCUGCUACAAUGAGUGGUGUAACAACCUGCCUUCGCUUUCCUGGGCAGCUCAAUGCAGAUUUGCGAAAACUGGCUGUGAACAUGGUGCCUUUCCCACGAUUGCACUUUUUUAUGCCUGGCUUUGCUCCUUUAACCAGCCGUGGAAGCCAGCAAUACCGUGCACUAACAGUGCCAGAGCUAACACAACAAAUGUUUGACUCUAAGAACAUGAUGGCAGCAUGUGAUCCUCGUCAUGGUCGCUAUCUUACAGUGGCAGCCAUCUUCCGAGGAAGAAUGUCUAUGAAAGAAGUAGAUGAGCAAAUGCUCAAUGUCCAGAAUAAGAACAGCAGCUAUUUUGUUGAAUGGAUCCCCAACAAUGUGAAAACUGCUGUAUGUGACAUUCCACCACGAGGCCUCAAAAUGUCUGCCACAUUUAUUGGCAACAGCACUGCUAUCCAAGAACUGUUCAAGAGAAUUUCAGAGCAGUUCACUGCCAUGUUCCGCCGCAAAGCUUUCUUGCACUGGUACACUGGUGAAGGCAUGGACGAGAUGGAAUUCACAGAAGCUGAAAGCAACAUGAAUGACUUAGUAUCAGAAUAUCAGCAAUACCAAGAUGCCACAGCUGAUGAACAAGGGGAAUUUGAAGAGGAAGAAGGAGAAGAUGAAGCUUAA